CCCAGGCAAACUGCCUAGGGCCUCCCAAGCCAAAGGGGCCUCAAAAUAGUCUGUAAGUAUUAGUACUCGGUUAUUUUAUAAUAAUUAAUUAGUUAGUUAUUUUAACUCCAUCGCUUCACACAUCCGCAAAACUGCUGCGUUUCCGAUCCAUGUCGCCGACUCACUGUCAGCUGUUGGUAAAUCCAAAGCAAUGAUUACACGAAGCAAAAGCAAGCAAGCAGGAACAGGCUUCUCAUCGGAACUGUUUUGUCAUGGACCGCGUAUCUUUCAUGGCUCGAGCUGCCAAGAAGGCCGAUGCGGAGCUCAAGGCCGCCCGGGCCGCCGAGAAAGCGAAGGCCGCUGCCGGUAGUUCCCAAGGAGGGGGUGAGGCCGUCAAGAAGGCUGCUCCCAAGAAGAAAAGAGGGGCUGAUGAAGGUCAGAAGACUCUGGCCGAGGCGGGUCUGAAACCACAGGCCCCAAAGAAGACGAAGAGGGUUCCAACUGCUGAUGAGGCCGGCGCUCCCUCUCUUCAGGCUGUUGUGGAUGUUCAGCCGCCGGUGCUCCCUCCUGUGAAUGAUCUGCCCUCUUCGGCCGUGGUGGCCUCGGCUUCUCGCGCGCUCCCCUCUACGGCUGCUGCUGCCCGUCUAGAGGAGGCCCUUGCCAAGGGGACGUACGAGGUGACGGUGCGUUAUCCUGUGAAGGGCGGUCUUUUUAACGAGACCGUCAGUGGCGACGAUGUGCUUGCUCAGGCUAUGCCUGAGUAUGACCGGCAGUACCUCAGCCGGCAAGGCAAGCAUGUCCAUUUGUACGAUGGGGGUUUGGACUAUGUCGUCCAGGGUGCCCUUAUGCUGAGGGAGCAGCAUUGGAGGCAGGAAGCCGAGAUAGAGCGGCUGAAGAAGAUGGAGGUCAAGGCUGCUUCAGCCGAUGAGGCCCUUCAAGACCUGCGGGACAAGGCCAAGGCCGCGGAGGAGGAAAUGAAGCUCCUUCAGAUGCGUCUUGAUGAGGCCGAGGCGGCCCAGAAGAAAGCCGAUGAGGCUGUUGCUGCUGCCGUCCAAAGGGCCGAGGAAGCGGAGCGGCUCAAGGCUGACGCUGAGAAGGCCGCUGAAGAGGCCGUUGCUGUUUUCAAGGCUGAUGCCUGGAAGGCCGAAGACCAAGUCCCCUUCUGCUACGAAGUGGUGGCCGAGAGGCUCACUGAUUGGGUGACAAAGGACCCCGCCGGCGAGGACUUCUGGAUGAACGAGACGCGAGCUUUCUACAACUGCGGCCAAUAUAGGAUGCAGAGGCUGAUUUACAGGAAGCUUCGUCGUCGCUUCCGGAAGAUGAGGCCGAGGGGCUUGAGUCUACCCCGGCGGAUGAGAAACCCUGAUGAGGACAUGAAGCUCCCCCCGUCGGAGAGGCAACCUCCAAUCCUUAGCUCGGACGAGGGGGAAGCGUCCUGGAGCGAAAGUGAUGAUUAUCUGCUUGAGGGUUCAGCCGAUUCCAAGGCCGAUGAAGAUGAUGAUGCUGAAACCAGUAGUGGUGGCGGGGAGGACGUCGGCCAGAGCAAAGAGCAAGCCGAUGAGGCGGUGUAGUUUUGUAGGCUUUUUUAUUACUUUUGUAAUUUUAUCAUUGAAGUGCGUGUAACGGCCGAAGCGCCCACCUCUUGUAUCUUGUUAUCCAAAAUUAAUGAACUUUUUGCCUUGGAAUGGGUUUAUUGCUUCGUCUUUCAUCGCCAUAACUUUAUGUGUGUUUAAGUCUCGUGAUUUUUGCCAAGUGUUAGAGUUGCCUUUCGCAUUAUCCGGUUGCCUCAUGAAGACGAUGCGGGUGGCACAACGUCUUGGGUAUGUAAUCCUUUGUCGUAGGUACGAUGCGUCUAUUAACGCGCCGCUUUGGUUGGAAAUUUUUCCAAGUAUCACAAUUCCGUUUCGGCAUCCUUUUUUAAUUGAGACGUAGCGACCCCCCUUCUUUGAGGACGAUGCGCCUCGUUGUCCCUUGAUGAAUUCGGAGUCAUGUUCUUGGAUUUCGAUUCCAGAAGUGUCGGGGACGAAGCGAUACGCAGCGGUAGCGCAUCGUCAUUGUGGUGAUGUGGCUUAGAUAAUUUGCUAAGUGUCAAGCUUGCCUAGCUGUAGUUGUUUCGCUUUUGUUCGUCACUUGGGUUUUGCUAAUUGGAGACGGUGCGUCCCAUCGUCCGAGUAAUGGACUGUGGUUUUGUAUAACCUAGGCCGAAGCGAUUCCCUUUUGUGAAGCUAUGGUUGGGGCCGAAGCGUGCACUUCGGAUCCCUGUAUAGUGAAAACCUGAUAUGUACUUAGCCAAAUUUGAGGCUUGGUUUUUGUGGGGAUUUUAUUUUUUGCUCGAGGCCGGCGAGUGCGCGGUCCGUCGGCUUCCCUCUUUUUUUUUUUUUUUUUUUUUUUUUUUUUUUGGGUGGCCGAAGGGUUACUGUCCCUUCGGCCAUGUGCGGUACUUUGCCCGCUACGCUUUUCGCGUGGAUUAGUGCGAGGGAGUAAAUACGCCCUCGGCUUGUCAGUGACAUUUUUUGCCUUUCCACGUCUAUCGGCGACGAGGGACCGGACUAGGCAUCGUCUUUUGACGGCCGCCCUUUGUGGUCCUGAGUGAAAUUUUACUGACGGGUGGAGUUUUUGCAACCUCAGCCUUAAUUCAGGCCUGUCGUCCUGCGGUUUCCGCGCGGACGACGCGGUAUGCUUCUCCGUUUUGAAGACGUCGGGCCAUACACACAGGUCCUUCGUCCUGCAUAUCGCCGGCCGAUUUGGGUGUUUCACCGCUUGUGCCGAUACGAUAUUUAGGUGCGUUGGCUACGCAACGGCUUUGUAGGUGCGUCGUUUAUUGCGACGGCUUUUGGUGCGUUGUUUAUUGCAACGGCUUUGUGUGCGUCGUUUAUGGCGACGGCUUUUGGUGCGUUGUUUAUUGCAACGGCUUUGUGUGCGUCGUUUAUUGCGACGGCUUUUGGUGCGUUGUUUAUUGCAACGGCUUUAGGUGCGUCGUUUAUUGCGACGGCUUUGGGUCGCAUCGAACCCGGGUGUUUGCACCGCUUAGGCCGAUGCGGUCCUUAGGUUUCCCUUUGUUCAAAUCUUAAAAGAUUGGAUGAAAACAUGAAUUUUAUUCAAUAAGUGGCGCUAGGCCGAGGGUGUUUUAUUCAACCACUAAGCCGAGGGGUGGGGGACGUUGCCCGCUUCACCACUUCUCGAGUCAUUGGUAAAAUUUCACCAGGUGGUGUACAUUCCACAAUCGUGGUACAUCUGACCCAUUAGGGUUCUUUAGUCUAUAAGUGCCGGCUUUGAUGACGGCGCUGAUGAUGUAGGGCCCUUCAUAUUUGACGGCGAGCUUUCCUCCUUCCGUCGGCUUGCUUGCUUCCCUUCGGCGGAGGACGUAGUCCCCUACCUGGAAUUCGCGAGAGCGGACUUUGGCGUCGUAGUAGGAUUUGACUUGUCGUCUGUAGUUCUCUGCCCGAAGGUAAGCCAUCUCCCGCCUUUCAUCAAUGAGGUGCAAGUCAAUCUUCAUGGCUUCUUCAUUGGCUUCGGGGUCGUAUUGUGUGACCCGUCGGCUGGGGAGGGUGACUUCUGUGGGAGCCUUGGCUUCGAAGCCGUAGCACAAGGAGAAUGGUGUCUCCCCGGUGGCCCUCCUCGGCGUAGUGCGGUAGGACCAUAGGACGUUGGGGAGCUCGUCGGCCCAACUUCCGCCUUCUUCUUCGAGUUUCUUCUUCAGCCCCUCCAAGAUGGUUCUGUUGGCGUUCUCAACUUGCCCGUUGGCCUGAGGGUAGGCAACGGAGGAGAAACGGUGCUUGAUACCCCAUUCUUGGAGGAGGCUUUGGAAUGGUUCGGCCUCAAACUGGGUGCCGUUGUCUGAUAUGAUCUCCUGAGGCACGCCGAAGCGGGUGAGGAUGUUCUUGUAGACGAACUUUCGACACCGCGCUCCAGUGAUGCUUGCGAGUGGUUCGGCCUCGACCCAUUUGGUGAAGUAGUCGAUGGCGACGAUGAUGUAUCUGUUGUUGCCCGCAGCUCUUGGUAGGGGGCCGACGAGGUCGAUGCCCCAUCUGGAGAAUGGAAUGGCGGUGCUAACUGGGGCGUAGUUGACAGCGGGUCGGCCAGGUGCCCUUUGAUAGUGUUGGCAUGCGGUGCAUUUGCGGGCGACCUCAGCACAAUCACGUGCCAUCGUCGGCCAGAAGUAGCCUUGGACGACGAGGCGGCGCGACAUGCUAAAGGGCCCCUGAUGCGACGAGCAUACGCCGCAGUGGACUUCUUCCAUGGCCACUUCGGCCUCAUUCUGGUGGAGGCACCGGAGGAGGGUGCCGUUGUAUGAUCUCUUGUAGAGUUUAUCACCCUCAAUGACAUAGCUCGGCGCCCUGAGCUUGGCGAGUUUGGCCCUCUCCUUGUCUUCUGGUAGCGUGCCGGAGGUGAUGUAGGUUGCGAUGUCAGUGAUCCAGUCCUCCGGCUGGUGUUGUAUGGAGAGUAUGGGGCUAGCGUGAAUGCUUGACAUGCUCAACUCCUCUACCUUUGCUAUCUUGGAGAUGUGCUCGGGGGUGUCGGAGCUGAGCUUGGAGAGUAUGUCGGCCUCGGCGUUCUCUGCCCUUGGGAUCUGAGUGAUCUCGUAGGUAUCGAACGCCUUGAGCAAUUCCGCAGCGGCCUCCUUGUAUUGCUUCAUCCUCCCUUCUUUGGCCUCGUAGGAACCCUCCAUCUGGCUCACUACGAGUUUGGAGUCGCAUUUGAUUCUGACGUGGCGUGCUUUGAGGCCAGCGGCUAGUCUGAGACCGCUGAGGAGCGCUUCGUACUCAGCCUCAUUGUUGGACACCUUGAAGUUGAAGCGGAUGGCAUAGUAUGCUCUGAAACCUUCCGGGGAGAUGAGGACGACGCCGCCCCCACAAGCUUUGGUGGCCGAGGACCCGUCUGUGUAGAGGGUCCAGGCUUCGUCCGGUUCAGCUCAGGUGGUGGUAACGGCCGUCUCCCUUGCCGUGCAUUCGGUGACGAAGUCAGCUAAGGCUUGUCCUUUGAUGGAUGGCCUCGGCUUGAUCUCUAUCUGGUACUGGCUUAGGAAUAUUGCCCAUUUGAUCAUCCUUGGAGAGCUGGUUGGGCUCCUCAUGAGGGCGCCCAACGGCUGAUGGGUGAGGACGUGGACGGGGUGAGCCUGGAAGUAGUGCCCAAGUUUUUUCACCGUGUGGACGAUGGCCAGCACCGUCUUCUCAAUGGGGGAGUACCUGAGCUCAGCCUCCCGCAACGUCUUGCUGACGUAAAAUAUUGCUUUUUGUACCCCGUCAUCCUCCCUGAUGAGUACGGAGCUGAUGGCCGACGUGCUCACUCCUAAGUAAAGGAAUAGAAUCUCGCCGGGUUGGGGUUUGGAUAGGACGGGUGGGGAGGCGAGAUAUUGUUUCAGCUCUUCAAAGGCUUGCUGGCACUCCGUCGUCCAUUUGAAGCUGGUGGCCUUCCUCAUCACUUGGAAAAAGGGGAGAGACUUCUCAGCGGAUUUUGAGAGGAAACGGUUCAGGGCCGCGAGGCGUCCCGUCAGCCGUUGCACCUCCUUUAUGUUGCGGGGCGGCUCCAUAUUGAUGAUGGCUUGUAUUUUCUCCGGGUUCACCUCGAUGCCCCUUCGGCUGACCAGGUACCCCAAGAAUUUACCUCCCUGGACGCCGAAGGUGCACUUCUUCGGGUUGAGCCGGAGGUUGUACCUUUUCAUGAUCUCAAAGAUGCCCCGGAGGUCGUCAGCAUGGGUUGUGGAUUGUUUGCUCUUGACGAUCAUAUCGUCGACGUAUGCUUCCAUCGUCCGACCUAAGACUGCUCUAAAAAUCCGGGCUACCAUCCUUGUGUAGGUGGCGCCGGAGUUCUUGAGCCCAAAGGCCAUGACGAGGUAGCAAAAGAUUCCCUCCGGGGUCAUAAAAGCAGUCUUCUCCGCGUCAUCUUCGUGCAUGGAUAUCUGGUGGUACCCUCUGAACGCGUCGAGGAACGACAUCAACUCGCACCCCGCCGUCUCAUCCACCAACUGAUCAAUGUUGGGGAGAGGGAAUGGGUCCAUCGGGCACGCCUUGUUCAGGUCAGUGUAAUCAACACACAUUCUGAACGUGGGCGGCUUUGGUGCGAGGACGACGUUCGCCAACCACGUGGGGUACUUCACCUCUUUUAUGUGCUUAAUGGAGAGCAGCAUGGCCACUUCGGCCUUGACGAAUUCCCUCCUGUCAGCCGAGAGGUAGCGUUUCUUUUGUUUGAUGGGGGAGGAGGCCGGGUUCACCGAGAGCCGAUGCGUGAUCACUUUUGGGCUGAUGCCCGGCAUAUCCUCUGGUCCCCAUGCGAAGACGAUGGCGUACGCUCUCAGGACAGAGAGGAUGUCCCUUCGGAUCUGUUGGGGGAGCUGUGUCCCGAUCUUUAGCAUGCGUUCCGGCCGGGAGAUGUCCAACGGAACCUCUUCCACGUCUCCGACCGGUUCGGCCUUUGGUGUGUCUUCUUCGGCCGAGGCGGUGGUGAUAGUGUCUAUCCGCUCCUCGGCCUCAUUGAUCUUUCUUGUGAGCUUCAGGUAGCAAGCUCGGGCUAUCUUCUGGUUUCCUCUGGCGUAGCCGACGCCGUCCUUGGUGGGGAACUUGAGGCAUAGAUGUUUCAUGGAGAUGAUGGCCUCAAGGUCCUCCAAGGCCGGUCGGCCCCAGAUCAUGUUGUGGGCGCUGUCCAGGUUGACAACCACGAACUCCAUGUCAAUCUUCGCCUGAUAGGUACCGUCACCGACCACAACGGGAAGCACUAUCGUGCCCUCGGCGUCGAUAGAGUCCCCGGUGAAGCCGGAUAACGGAGUCCGUAUCGGCCGGAGCUCGGUCUUC